AUGUGUUUAGAUGAAAGGCUUUCAUCUUCUAUUUUUAAAAAUCAAAUUACAACACUUAUCAUUAGUAUUGAUCCUGAUAAAAAUGAAGAUUGGACAAUGACAAACAUAUGUAAUCAUAUUUUUACUGUGUUUAUCAAUUUAAACCAUUUAACAUUUUAUGAUGCCUCAUAUAAAAAUCAUGUUCGAUUAUUACAUUAUAUUCAAUCUCCUACUUUUUCUUCUUCAUCUCUUUUGAUAUUAAAUAUCAAGGUUCAAAAUUUUUCUGGAUGUCUUUAUAUUCUUGAUGGUCGUUUCGAUCAGCUUCAUACACUUUAUAUUGAAUUGGCUAACAUUUUUCUUCCAGGAGAAAAAUUUGAAAAACAAAAGAGAAUCCCAAAUCUGAAGUGUUUUGUUUUAUCUUGUGGUUUGAAAACCUUGCAUUAUGAUGACUUAAUUCUACCACUUCUUUAUCGAAUGUCAAAUUUGGAAAAACUUGGUUUGGAUCUCAUGGUCUCUGUUAUAGAAACAUUUAUUGAUGGAAAGAAUUUGAAGAACAAUAUUCUUAAUCAUAUGUCACAAUUAAAAGAAUUUUCAUUUGAUAUUCGUUCUGAUAUGUUGAUUAAUAAUGAAAUGAAUUCACCAUCGAAAGAAGACAUCCAACAAACAUUCAAUGAUUUUCAAUAUAUUAAAAUAAUAUCUUGUGUUGAUUAUUUUCAAGAGCCGUAUAAAUAUGGUCUAUGUCAUAUUUAUUCAUAUCCAUUUUUAAUGAAACGUUAUGAAUAUAUAACAAAUAAUUUUCCAGGUGGUUUAUAUCCAUAUGUUCGUUUUGUAUCAUUAUAUGAUGAAUAUCCUUUUGAACAUGAGUUUUUUAUUCGAAUUGCUGAAUCAUUUCCAUUUAUGGAAAAAUUAUCUAUCGAUAAUCGUUAUGCACAAAAUCAGAAAGAAUCUUAUAAAUUAAUGAAUGAUAAAUCGAAUUUAUCAAUUGUUAAAUAUUAUUCUCUUAUUGAACUUCAGAUAGAUCGAGUUCAUGAUGAUUAUUUUGAAGAAUUUUUAUCUAAUACGAAAACAUAUUUUCAAAAUAAUAUUCGUCUUGUUUCUCAUUAUGAAGCGUUACAAAGAGUAACACAUAAUUUUACAAGAGAUGAUACACGAAUUAAUUGUACCAAAGUAAAUGAACUAUAUUUAUUCAUAGAUGUCGAGUAUUCAAAAUCUUGUAAAGAUUAUUUUCCUUUUGCAAUAAUAGUUUGA